GCGGACGAGACUCGACAAAUAUGAACAUGCUAAAACAUGCUCACCGUCCCGCGGUGGUUAUUGAGGUAAUUCCCUGCCUUUUGUCGCCAUUGUGAGCGUCCGAAACAUCACUAUGGCAUCUUCGAGGUGCGUUCAGGACCUUGCCACAGAGAAAGACAGACUCCUCUCCUCCAUGGCCGGUUAUGGGUCCCAGGACCUUCUUGGGGCUGAACUUGUGGUCCCUGACCUUCAUCAGCAACAAGAAGAAGAAGAGGAAGAGUCCCUGCGGAGGAAGCUCAAGUAUUUCUUUAUGAGCCCCUGCGACAAGUACCACGCCAAGGGACGCAAGCCAUUCAAGCUGGGCCUGCAGCUGCUCAAAAUCAUCAUUGUUACCGUGCAGCUGGUGCUGUUUGGGCUGAGCAACCAGAUGGUUGUGACGUUUAAAGAGGAAAACACAGCGGCGUUCAAACAUCUCUUUCUGAAGGGUUACCAAGACGACACCCCUCAAGCUGUCCACACGCAACAAGAACUGUACAGCCACAUCAACUUUGCCAUUGAGCAGUACCUAGCACUCCCCCAGAUCUCGCUGGGACAGUACGCCUACGUACAAGGGGUCGGCAUAAAUGGAAGUACGCUGUCACUGUGCCAGAGGUACUACAGGAGCGCCACCAUCAUGCCUGCCAAUGACACCUUCGACAUCGAUCCGCAUAUUGUCACUGACUGCAUCGGACUCAACCCGACGACUUACGGUUCCCCUCGUGACUACAGGAACUUCACUCUUAACUUUUACAAGCUGAUCAACGUGACUGUUGAAUUCCAUCUGAAGGCCAUCAACGUUCAGACCAUCAUCAACAAUGAGAUCCCUGACUGCUACACCUUUGCUAUCACGAUCCUCAUGGACAACAGAGCUCACAGCGGAAAAAUUAAGGUCAGUUUAGAAAACGAGGCCUCCAUAAAGGAAUGUACAGACCCCAACGUGUCUGGACAUGCGGAGACCUAUGCCCGGGAGUUCUUCGACGUGUUGGUCGCCUUCGUUUGUCUGCUUUCUCUUCUGCUGUGUGGACGCUCCAUCCUCAGAGGUGUCCUCCUGCAACAUGAAUACGCACAGUUUUUUCAGAGCAGAUUGGGCCGUGGUGUGAGCUGGGGCGACAGGUUGGAAUUCAUCAACGGCUGGUACAUGCUGCUCAUUGUAAGCGACAUGUUUACCAUCAUUGGCAGCUUCAUCAAGAUUGGGAUUGAGUCCAAGAAUUUAUCAUCGUAUGAUGUAUGUGGAAUCCUGCUGGGAACGUCCACUCUCUUGGUGUGGGUGGGAGUCAUCCGUUAUUUCAGCUUCUUUCAGAAAUACAACAUCUUGAUUGUGACACUCAGAGCUGCAUUUCCCAAUGUCAUCCGCUUCUGCUGCUGUGCGGCUGCCAUAUAUUUGGGAUACUGCUUCUGCGGAUGGAUUGUACUGGGGCCGUAUCAUACCAAGUUCCGGUCCCUGUCCAAGGUGUCAGAGUGCCUCUUUUCUCUGAUCAACGGAGACGACAUGUUUGUCACGUUCGCUGAGAUGGAGCAGAGCGGCACGCUGGUUUGGAUCUUCAGCCAGGUCUACCUUUACACCUUCAUCUCCCUCUUCAUCUACAUGGUGCUGUCACUCUUCAUCGCACUCAUCACCGGAGCCUACGACACCAUUAUGGCCCAAACGCAGGAGCAGGUACGCGUCACAGACCUUCACGCGUUUAUCGCAGAGUGCACAGACACACCCAGCUCUGGGAAGUUCCGCAGUCCCGAGGGGUCUUCGUGCUCCUUCCUCUGCUGUUGUGAGUGGUGAGGGAGAGGGGCCGGUGGACGUCGGAUUGGAGUCCCAGCAGGGAGGAUGAAGGGAGGACGGCGAUGCCUGUGCAGAGAACCGGCUGACCUUGAACCACUCUGUCCUCUGCCUCUCUGUAUUUGAAUUUUGCAUUCCUAACCAUGCUGUUACGGUAGCGUAUUCUGCACAAGCCAAAUGACCUUUUUGGCUUUCGUUGUACUGAAUGAAUCAUGAACUGGUGUGAAAUUUGUUAAGUCUGGACAUGUAAUGCCAGUAAUUACAUUUCUUGCUGUACAGGUAGAUGCCAGUCACAGCAACAGGUAUACUCCAGUCACAAUAACGUACUUGAACUCACCAUAAUGUAAAGAAUUUUAUUAGCAUUUAAGUGUACUGUAGGUCUCAAGGAUUUUUUUUUUUUUGUGCCUCUUGAUGACGUCAGUGUUUUCUAUAUGUUCCUUGCAAAGUAGAAUAGACGCCACAAUAGCUACCGCUAACUGGUAUAUACAGUAUAUGUAUGCAUGCAUUACCUUCUGCUACAUUUACAGUCAAGGCUGUUCCUCCAUUCGCUGUUCGACGCUUCCUCCCUUUGUUCUUGUCCUCCCUCAGCUGAAAGGAUUUGACGGCUGGACGCGGAAGGACGAGCCCUGCAGCCAACCAGUUAGUCAUCAAUAUGUAUGAACUGUAAAGAUGCCGCACACCGAUGCACUGAGCGAUGAAGCAUUUCUUGCUAUUUGCUUUUAAAGUGCUGCUAGGGCUGUGAAAUUUCCGGUAGGAAUUUUUUUUUUUUUUUUUAUCUUUAAUUUUUGCCAAAGUCGACCAUUUUCUCUUAAAUAUGUAGAGUAGGUCGAUUAAUGUCAUAUUCUACGUGUCAAGAGUGGGACAAUGUCAGUAGACUGACAUUGAGGCCCUUUUGAGAAAGGGUAAUUGCUCGUUUAUUUUAUCUGAUGUACAGCAAAUGCACAAAUCAAACCAUUUUAAAGGGGACAAUUGGUCAGAAGGGGACUUAAUGAAAUGCUAAUGUCAUUCCAGUUUGCUGUGUGAAGGGCACUUUUCAGUGGAUAAAAUUAGUCUCCACUUAAAAGGUAAAAGGGAAUUUAAUUAUGACUACUUCUCUGGCUUGUGUGUAUAAUUCUUUUAGAAUCGCGUCUCUCCUGAGCUUUUAAUAUUUAUGUUCACCCGUUUGCACUUUCAGGAGACUUCUUUACAGCCUCACUUGAUUGAAACACCUCACAUUAGUGCUAAAUAGCACACUGGGGUGCAUGGUUGUUCAGUAAGUAAUGCAUGGGUUCCGACACGUCUGGGUACUUGAACUUAAUGCUGACUGUGUUAACGCCUCUUUUAGUUUGUCAGCCUUUGUACAUGUUUUUACUUAUGAUACUGAAAUAUUCUUGAAUAUACUCCUAUAAAGAUGCUGCCUCGUACACGGUGGCAAAAUAAACUUGGAAGACACAAAAAAGGUGUUGAGAAAAAACAAGGCCGGUGUCAAGGUCUUGUGUGUGAGUGUGGACAUGUGCACGUAGGGGUGGACUCACUUUUGUUGCCAGCAGUUAGGACAUUAACUCAUUCAAUCUAAGCCAUUUUUCAAAGGACAACCUCUUCAGUACAAUUUUUGGCUGAUUUUUCAAGGCACACAGAAUAUUGUGGUCUAUGGCUACAUAAACAUGGAACCUACCAAAAGAAAGAUUGCACUCAUCUUUCAUCGGAAGAAAAACUUUGUUUAGCCGUUUUUUUGGUCUUUAGUAAACAGCUUUGGAACAUAGGUAAGUUUCAGGAAAAUAUCAGUUCCCGACUAAAAAAGUGAGAAAAACAGCUUUUUGUGACGAUAGAUUUCAAGCAUAACUUUCACUUUGACAAAUAUUUUUUUGCUUUUGUGACGGCUCAAAUAUGUAAACUAUACGUAACGUAAUUAACACAAAAAAAGGUUGUUUUACAUCAAAUAAAAGUUUAUUUACAAAUGUAACACCAUGAACUAUUUACAUUUUUCACAUUUGGAACUAAACUGUGUGUGCGUGUGCAUGUGUUAAAAUUUUCCCGACAAUGCCUGACCUGCACGCUACACUCCAUGUUCUUCCACUUCCUCCUUGCUGUCGAGUGUGUUUUUUACAUUCAAAUGAUCCCUGCCGAGCUCUUAUCAAAUGCACUUCUGCCACCUUGUGGCCGUUUUUAUGGCUAAUGACUGCUCUAAAAGUGACAUCUAUUAGUGUGCAGUUGUGGCAUCACCUCUUUUUGCUUCUCACGCAAAAAAAAACUUGAAAGACGUUUGGGUUUAUAAAAAUGUAUACAUCUUUGAUAUUGAAUGAGUUAAUGCCUGUGUGUUGAGUUAAUUUGAGGAGGACAGUAAAUGUACAGUUAUACAAGCUGUACACUGACUACUUUACAUUGUGUGAAAGUGCUGCUGCUUUAGUGUUGUCCCAUGAAAAGAUAUAAAAUAUUUGAAGAAAUGUGAGGGGUGGACUUCUUUUGUGAGCUAUUCUAUGUGCCCUGCGACUGUCCGG